AAUAUGUAAUGGAAACUGGUAAUAUUUUCUCUACUGAUGUCUGAGGAACUAUUUUAUCAGCCUGGUGUAUAAAUAGAAUCAGAUCUGUGAGAAACAGUGAAUGUGCAAUUUCAGUCUCAAAAUCACAAAUUAUAUAUACAAAAUUUGAUUUUGAUUUAGGAAUUUUCAAGCAUUAUAUAUUGAAAAAUCAGACAAAUUUGAUAUUUUAAUGUCAAACCUGAUCCCUUGGGAUACCUAAACAACCAUUUAUUUUGUUUUUUUUUUGGAUUUUUGAAGUUCUCAGGGUUUUCUUUGUGUUGUAGGUUUUAGAGGAGUACUUGUUUUUAAGGAGUUUUUAAGGAGAAUCUAUGAGAAAUCCAUUUUCUUUAUAGUAAAGAGAUCUAAGAUAUAGGAUGAAGUAGCAGGAGAUACUUGGGUAUUCUAAAAUAUACAUUUUUAGCUUUUUACACUGGGAUAAAGUGUUAACCAAUAAAUCUUCUAUAGGACCAGGAUAUAUAUGCAGUAUCAAAGACAAUGAUGUGAAAAUUAAUAUAUAUAAUACAAAAAAACUGGUAAAAACAUUGGAAGAUUUUGUACAACAAAUCUGCCAUGCUACAUAUCUCUGUGGUAUUAUUGGUAGUGGUGGUCAAUUUUUUCACCUUCAAAACUCCAAUUAACUAUGCCAACAACAUUUUAAUGGGUCAGUUCUGUUGUAAGAUCACUCAAAAAUACAGGUAUAAGGUGUUUUUUCUGGCACCAGAGCCUUUAGGAGAUUCAAGAGAUAUAGAAAUACAUAUGUCUAAAAAAAUCAUUGUAAUUUAGAGAAUUUAAAUCCAAACUUAAUCAAAGUAAAAAACACGUCAUUGGAAAGAAAGCAAAAAAAUUGUUUUUUAAUUUAUUUGCAGUAAUCAGUAAUUCAAUUUAUUUGCAAUAAACAAAUAAUAAUCACCUUAUUUCCUUAUAAAACCAGCAAAUAAUAUCUCUUGUCUAACUGCACAAGGCAAAUGCAAUAUCAACACUAACUUAUUUGAGAUCACAUGUCCAAUCAUAGCAUUUGAUUUUUAUUAGGCAACAAGAAAAUUAUGAAUACACACCAAAUGCUGCUAUUGUUCACUUUGGCCGUCUAUGUUUUGAGUUGAAGAAUAAAUGGAGACUACAGAGGCAUCAUCCAGUGGAACUUCCGAGAAGCCUUUUGCAUGUAAUAUUGAUGGAUGCAAUCGUGCUUACAAGACUAAAGGAAAUUUAAAAACACAUCAAAAAAUCCAUUCUGGUCAAUUUAGCUUUUAUUGUGAUUAUGAGGGCUGCGAUAAAGGUUUUGUUUCAGCUUAUAGUUUCAAGGUGCAUUACAGGCAUCAUACAGGCGAAAGACCUUAUUCUUGUGACUCAGAUGGUUGCGAAAAAACUUUCAACACAUUAUAUCGGCUUCGUGCUCAUCAACGUCUACAUAAAGGAAACUUGUUUGACUGCUACUUUGAAAACUGUGAAAAAGGAUUUACAACACGGAGUGAUUUAACAAAGCAUAUUCGCAUUCACACGCAGGAGAGACCUUUCCAAUGCACUGAAGGAGAUUGUAAGCAAACCUUCCUUGCUUCUCACCAUUUAAAAGCUCAUUUAAGGAGACAUUCUGGGGAUAAACCAUUUGCCUGCAAUGAAUCUGGUUGUGAAAGAGCAUUUUCUUCUAAAUAUGGUUUGAAAGUGCAUAUUAAAAGACAUAAAAGUACAGGGGACCUCAGUUGUCCUGAAUAUGGCUGUACAAAAACCUUUGUUUCAAAAUCAAGUUUGUCAGAUCAUUUAAAGAAGCACUCAAUCAGCACAAGCAAUCUUUUCACAUCACAUGGCUCUUACACAUCUCCAAGUCAAUAUGAUAAUAUUCACAUAUCAAAAAACGUAAAUACAAAUACAUUGGAUUUAAAUAUUUUACAAUCUGGAGACAACACUCUGUCCAGUCAUUCAGAUAAUUUCCAAAAUAAUAAUAGCCAAGCUUUGGAACAUGAAGAUGACAAUAUGGAUUAUGAUAGCGAUUCAAGAUCUUCAAUAUAUUCUCCUACCCACACACAUUUUCAACCUAAAUUUACUCAGACACAAUUUAAUUAUGUGUCUUCGACAGACUCAACUAAUGUAUCGGAAACAGUUUCAACAUCCAACCCAUCUGAUAUUGUGAGCUUACUCAAUCAGUCUUAUUUCACUAUUGAUGACAGUGAGGCUGCUUUAAAGUUGCUGUCUUUUUUAGCAACAAGAGGAAACUUGCAUAUUUUAAAUGAACACGGCAGUGAUUCUAGUUUUAACAAUGACCUGGAAACAUCAAAGGAAAUUGAAAAAACACAAAAUGGUAGUGAUGAAAAGCGUUUAGAAGCAAAUAUUCAUCCAUCAACCUUUGUUGAAUCCUGUAUACUGAAUGCAAUAAACACAGAUAAGACUGGCAAUAUUGUUGCAAAUUCAACAAAUGACUUCAAAUCAAGCAUGCGGUUAGAUUCUGUUAUAAAGUGCCCAACGAAUUGUCAAACCAAGAAUAUAGUUAGUAAUUUGAUUCAUGGAAGCACAACUAAAUCAGUCAGUGCAAGUCAAGAAAACAUUCAGCACUCUUCACAUCAACCUCCUGUGCAAAAUGGUAGCACAAAGUGUUGUCAAAAGCCAUCAGAUAAAUGGAUUGAAAACAACAAACCCAUACUAAACCAUAAAAGCUUAUUUCUUGCUUCAGAAUUACCAGAUAAUCCUGUUUCUGAAACAAUGGUUGAAACAACUGUAGGUAGCCAUUAUAACUUGGAUAAGCAAGACAAACAUCAGAAGGUUUUUACAUGUAACUGUUGUAACUGUGAAAAUUGUACCUGCAAAACGAAACCAGAGAGUCCCAUGGUUGUGAAUAUUAUCACACCUAAUGUUUUGAAUGCACCACUUUAGCGUGGACUCCUUAUGGACUGUUUCUAUUGCAAUCAUAUUUUUUGUUAAUAUACAGGUUUUAUUAUACCUAAAAAUUUUAUUAUAAAACCUAACAAAUUAUCUCUAUGACAGAAACAAUUGUUUUUUUAAAUCCAAGUGUUGAUGUUGUUGGUAGUGGUGGUGUUGUGUGUCUGUUUUAAUAUUAUUGUGCAAACUGCUACUUUUUGCCUAACAUUGAACUUUUUGUUUUUUUUAAUUUUUAUGCAUAUAUACUAUGCAUAUAAUAACAGUAUUUUUUGCCUAAUUUUUCAACACUUUCCAAUAUAAACACUCUUUCAGUUACACAAAUAUUAAGGAGGAAAUAAACAUAUAUUUUUAGAAUAACUUUUGGCUUCAGUAAUUUUAAGUAAAAAAAACUUGCAUUGAAUGCUUAUCA